CUCUCUCUCUCUCUCUUCAAUCAAGGAGCCAAAAGCUAGGGUUUUCCACUUUCCACUUCAUCACGAUAGCUUCUUCACUGAGCCUUCCUCUCGUCGCUAAGUCCCGACUCGGGUUAAGCUUGGGUACGGUUGGGGUUAAGUUUUACGCUCCGACGAAUGCGCUCCCCGCCGGCGAUGACUCGCCGCCGGGAUGUCUCCACUAAAGAUCUCACCUUGUUGCUCUUCACUCUCUUCAUCAUCCUCUGUUUUGCUCUCGGCGAUGACCGUGAUGCGCUGCUACGCUUCAAGAGCUCCAUCUCCGACCCUGCUGGUCUACUUUCUGCAUGGUCCACUGAGAGCUUGGACCACUGUUCUUGGCCAUGGGUCUCCUGCGACUCGCGUUCACGGGUCGUUGCAGUCAACAUCUCCGCAGCCGCUGCAACUUCAUGCCCGCUUUCUACACCGACUGUUCGCGGCUGCGCCGAUCUGACACGGCAGCUAACGGGGAGCCUUUCAGCAUCUAUUGGCGAGCUUUCGCAGCUUAAAGUCCUUAACUUGCCGUUCCAUCGUCUGUCUGGUGAGAUUCCUGACGAGAUUUGGUUGUUGGAGAACCUCGAGGUGCUCAAUCUUGAGGCAAAUAUCCUCUCCGGUUAUCUACCUCUGCAAUUUCCUCGUGGUUUGCGAGUUCUGAACUUGGGGUUCAACCAGAUCGCAGGUGAGAUUCCAUCCUCCCUCUCGAACUGUCUUGUUUUGGAAACCCUAGACCUCUCUGGCAACCAUCUCAACGGCACUGUUCCUGGAUUUUUUGGCAAUAUGCGGUCUUUGCGUGCUCUUUAUGUGUCUUUCAACUAUCUCAGCGGCUCCAUCCCUGAAGAGAUUGGCUUCGGGUGCUUGAAUCUUGAGCGCCUGGAUUUAUCAGGAAAUCUUCUUGUUGGCAACAUUCCUCGCAGCCUUGGAAACUGUACCAAACUUCAAUCUUUACUUUUGUUUUCCAAUCUGCUUGAUGAUGUUAUACCUUCAGUUCUUGGCCUGCUUAACAAGCUCCAGAUUUUGGAUGUUUCAAGGAACAGCCUGAGUGGUCCUGUGCCUUCUGAGCUGGGAAAUUGUACUGCAUUAUCAGUAAUUGUGUUAUCAAAUCCUUACCAUCCGGUUCGGAUGAAGGAAGGCGGUGAGAGAGAUGCAGACAUCGACGAUUUCAAUUGCUUCCAAGGUGGAAUUCCUGAUAGUAUAACAAGAUUGCCACAUUUAAAACUCUUUUGGGCUCCAAGGGUGAUACUGGAAGGGGAGAUUCCUAGAAAUUGGGGUACUUGCCAAAGCUUGGAGAUGGUGAACAUUGGGGAAAAUCUGUUUACAGGGAGGAUACCAGAGGUUUUUGGCCGCUGUGGGAAUCUAAAGUUUCUUAAUUUGAGCUCAAACAGCUUGUCUGGUUGGAUCAGUGAGGAGCUUCCUGUGUCUUGCAUGGAUUUUUUUGAUAUCAGUGGAAAUGAGCUAUCAGGUCCAGUUCCAGAAUUCAUCAAUAACACAUGCAGUUCCCCCAGAUCCUGGCCCGAUAACCAGGUGUCUGCUUAUGCUUCAUUUUUCUCGAACCGAGCUCGUUCCGGUUUAUCUUUGCCUUAUUUGAAAACUGGCACUGAGUCUCUGGUAUAUCACAAUUUUGCUAGAAACAACUUCACUGGUAGUCUUCCAAUUUUACCUGUAUCAGUCGAUUCAUCAGGAAACCAGAUCACAUAUGCUUUCUUUGUUGAAAGGAAUCAGUUUUCCGGACAUUUGACGAAAAAUCUAUUUGCGAAGUGCCUCAAUUUGAAGGGACUUAUUGCCAACUUCAGCAACAAUCUAAUCCAUGGUGAAAUUCCUGAUAAAAAUGGUGCCUUGUGCGAGUCUCUGGUGGUUUUUGACGCAUCUGAUAAUCAACUAAUAGGAUCAAUUCCCCCAAGUCUCAGCCUUUCUGAACGCCUCAUCGCCAUCGACCUGAGUAGGAACAGACUUCAUGGCUCAAUCCCCGCUAAUCUUGUGAAUUUGAAAGAUCUUAGGUAUCUCUCAGUGGCUGGCAACAACCUUAGUGGCCAAAUACCUUCUGGAUUGGAUCAGUUAUCUUCUCUUGAAAUGGUAGAUCUUUCAUUCAAUUCUCUCAUGGGAGUAAUCCCCAGCGGUCUUGUAAAACUGAAGAAUCUCAGUGUCCUUCUCCUUGAUAGCAAUAAACUCUCUGGAAAGAUUCCCAAUGUGUCGUCCGUUCGGACAUUUAAUGUUUCGUUCAAUAAUCUCUCUGGACCUCUACCCUUUAACUCUAGCAAAUUGCGGUGCGAAAGCGUCUACGGAAAUCCUCUCCUCCCACCCUGUCCCAUAGUUUCUCUUUCCGAUCCACCAUCGAACCCACAAGGUUACCUAGCAGAUUCACAAGCUUAUUCUGAUACACCUCCUGGAAGUCCGCCGGUGAAGAGUAGUGACAGUGGGUUCAGUUCUAUCGAGAUUGCAUCCAUUACAUCUGCUUCGGCCAUAGUUUCAGUUCUGCUGGCCUUGAUUGUUCUCUAUGUGUACACGACGAAAUGUGCCCCGAGAUCCUUACACCAGUCUCCCGGACAAAGGGAAGUAAGGCUUUUCACAGAUAUUGGCGUUCCAAUCACGUACGAGACAGUCGUGCGAGCCACAGGAGGAUUCAAUGCGAGUAAUUGUAUCGGAAGCGGCGGCUUUGGGGCAACUUACAAAGCCGAAAUUUCGCCCGGCGUUUUGGUUGCCAUUAAGAGGCUCUCCAUCGGCCGGUUGCAGGGUGUUCAACAGUUUCACGCAGAGAUAAAAACUCUUGGAAGAUGGCGGCACCCAAAUCUCGUAACUUUGAUCGGUUAUCAUCUCAGCGAUGUAGAGAUGUUUCUCAUAUACAAUUACCUACCAGGAGGCAAUUUGGAGAGGUUCAUUCAAGAGAGAUCCAAACGACCUGUGGAUUGGAGAAUGCUUCACAAAAUCGCUCUCGAUGUCGCCCGGGCGCUCGCUUACUUGCACGACAAUUGUGUGCCACGAAUUCUUCAUCGAGACGUCAAGCCGAGCAAUAUUCUCUUGGACAAAGAUUACAACGCGUAUCUGUCGGACUUCGGCUUGGCGAGGCUUUUGGGUAAUUCCGAAACCCACGCGACCACAGGCGUUGCCGGAACUUUUGGAUACGUUGCGCCAGAGUAUGCCAUGACAUGCCGUGUCUCCGAUAAAGCCGACGUGUACAGCUACGGCGUGGUUUUACUCGAGUUGCUGUCAAACAAGAAGGCGUUGGAUCCAUCAUUUUCGCCGUAUGGGAAUGGUUUCAACAUCGUUGCCUGGGCAUGUUUGCUGCUUCGACAUGGCCGGGCACGUGAGUUUUUUACCGAUGGGUUGUGGGAUGUUGGGCCUCAUGAUGACCUCGUAGAAACAUUGCAGUUAGCGGCAAGAUGUACUGUUGAAUCGCUUUCAAUCAGACCUUCCAUGAAGCAAGUUGUGCAGUGUUUAAAACAGCUGCAGCCGCCAAAUUGCUAACCGGAACUCAUGAAGUUAUUUUGACAGUUUCAGUUUAGAAAAGGGAAGUGGAGUUUUUUGUGAGGGCUUUUUUGCUAGAUUUAAGGAGCCUGUCUUCUAACACUGAAUUGGAUGGAGAGAUGUCUGAAGACUGUCCCUUCAGAAAGCUUCAAACAUGUGACUGAGGUUUGAAGAAGCUUGUAGCUUCUAAGACUUCAACAGCUCAGAGAGUGCAGCAGCAAUGUUUUUUAGAGUGAGAAACACUGAGCAAGGGUCUCUUUUUCACAAAAAAAUUGUGUGUGAAGGUUUACAAUCGUGCAUGAAAGCCACAUGCAUACGGAUUCCGUACAUAAUUUUCUCUUCUUUUUCACAGCCUCAUAGGCUUUGAAUCGCUUACAUAAGACUCUUCUGACCCAGUUUCGAUCCCUUCGGGGACGGAUAACACAUAUGGGGAGCAAUAUUCUCAAAUAUCACCGAUUUAUAGUCUAUAAAGAUAUAGAUAUAUAUAUAGAUUAUCCAGCACAUAAAACUUCAAAUUUUUAUAUAA